GAACUAAAGUGAUUCUGCAUCCUGGUGACUUAGUGAUCAUCCCAUUCUGGAGUCUGCACCGUGACUCUCGCUACUGGUCAGAGCCGGAGAUGUUUCAUCCAGACCGCUUCAUGCCAGAGAACAAGGACAAGAUCAUCAGUUAUACUCACAUGCCCUUUGGGAUGGGGCCCAGGAGCUGCAUAGCUAUGCGGUUUGCCCUGAUAGAAGCCAAAGUGGCCCUGGCGAAGCUACUGUUGAGAGCAGAAUUACACCUAAGAAGUAACUAUGAGGAGCUGAAACUGGAACAAAAUACCUUAUUCUUAAGACCAACAGGAGUUCAACUGGUGAUCACUCCUCUGACAAGUACAUCACUCUAACUGGUGAUCACUACUCUGACAAUAAGCACAUCACUAACUGUUGAUCACUCCUCUAAUAAUAAGCAUAUCACUAACUGGUGAUCACUCCUCUGACAAUAAGUACAUCACUAACUGUUGAUCACUCCUCUAAUAAUAAGUA